UCAUCAUCGUGGUCAUCAUCAUCAUCAUCAUCAUCAUCAUCAUCAUCAUCAUCAUCGCCAUCACCAUCGUCGCCGUCGCUACGCGAUUCCGCGGCGAGGUGCGUCGCCGGCUGUGCUCCGCGGUCACGACUCCGCGGCGACUCCGGCCCGAGACGGCAGUUGAGAGGGAACCUGCGAGAGAGCACACGGCGACAAGUGUACGAGCGAGCGAGCGAGCGAGCGGGCGCGUCGACGAGGGAAUACUCGCAGCAAAUUGUCGCGGCAGAGUCUGAGAUCCGGCACGUCUAAACAUGGAGUUGACACGAUUACCUUCGAUACUGGCUUUGGCUUUGGCCCUGGCCUUCCUCUCGACGGCACACCGUUACGACGCCGCCUCGGAAAGUAUAAUAGGAAGCCGGGAGACCUGCGACAUCGAAGGGGAAGAUAUCACGGUCGAUAAGAUCCUGAACACGAGCUGCUUCCGCUGCAUUUGCAAGAAUGGGUUCGUGGAGUGCGUGAAGCAACAGUGCCCGAACAUCGAAGGUUGCUAUGCGUUGCAGGACCCGCAAGAGAACAUGUGCUGCCGCGAAUGCAAAGAGUGCACAUGGAACGGAAAAACCUAUGAGUCGGACAUGGAAUGGACGGACGAAAAAGAUCCCUGCCGAAAAUUCGUCUGUAAAGCGGGCGUCAUCACCGAAUCAGAGCUAGUGUGUUACACGCCCUGUUCCAAUCCGACAAACGUAACUGGCCAAUGCUGUGGCAUAUGCGAAGGAUGUUUGGUGAACGGACAGAAAGUAACGGAGGACAGCUCGGUGACGACUACGGAGGAUCCAUGUGUAACCUGCAAGUGCAACAAGGGACAUCUCACCUGCGCGAAGCUAGCCUGUCCGACGCUCAAUUGUCCUGACACCAGGAUCGUCGACGAACCUGGGGAAUGCUGCCCACGCUGCCGAGGUAGCGCAAAAUUUUUCUCGCCCCCGAAAGGCGCGUGUAUGCUCGGCACGCGUUUGUACAAUUCGGGUAGUAAGUUUCACGUGGAUCACUGUACGCUCUGCACCUGCGUCGAUUCGGUUAUCUCAUGCAACAGACGUACUUGUCCGGUGCUGGAAUGCCCGAAGGAGCAUCAGUUGAUCUCACCCAACGAGUGUUGUCCGGCUUGCCCGGACGUCGAAGAGAGCAGAACCUCUUGCUCUUACGGCGGAAGAACCUAUGUGGAUGGCGACAAAUGGGAGUUGGAUUCCUGCAAGACAUGUAUCUGCAAACAGGGCAAAGUGCGCUGCGCAAUGCCUCAGUGUCCGCCGAUGAACUUUCCCUGCCCGCCAAAUUCCAAGUUGGAGCAUCCGAAGGGUCAAUGCUGCCCGCGAUGUGUCGAGCGUGACGGAGUUUGCACGGUUUUCGGAGAUCCGCAUUAUCGAACGUUCGACGGUAAAUUCUAUAGCUUCAAAGGACCGUGCAGGUACCAGCUGGUUACCGAUUGUUUCUUUCACACAUUCAGUAUACGCGUGACCAAUGAUGCUAGAAGAACGAAGUUCUCAGCGUGGACCAAAACUAUCGCCAUAAAGAUCGGCGACUUGAAAGUGAAUCUUGGCCAAAAAAUGAGAGUGAAGGUGAACGGGAAGAAGGUAGACGUUCCUUAUCGUAUCGCUAACCAACUGGACAUCAACCGCACGGACGAGAGUGUGCUCGUUAAUACUCGGAUCGGGGUCAAGGUCCUUUGGGACGGCAUCAGUUUUCUCGAAGUGUCCGUACCUUCGUCAUACAGAGGUCAACUAUGCGGUCUUUGUGGCAACUUCAAUUCCCAAAUCAAAGACGAUUUCACUGAGCGACAAGGACGAGUGGUGCAGGAUGCGCAGCAGUUCGGUCAAUCAUGGGCCGUUGGUGCCGCCAAGAAGAUGUGCGCUCGACCCCCGAGACUCGGAAAUGCCACUAGGCAGAGACGUUGUCGGGAAAGGAAGGAUCAGCGAUUGUGUAAUCGACUGAAAUCACAGAUUUUCUAUCCCUGCCACAAAAAGGUGAAUCCGGCGAUGUACUACAAAGCCUGUCUUCAAGACAUGUGUGAGUGCCCGACCCAGCACUGCUACUGCGAGUCCUUCAUGGCGUACGCGCACCAAUGCAAGCGACUCGACAUCCCGCUGCCGCACUGGCGGAAGGCCACGAGGUGUCGAACCGUUUGGGACCAGCCAAUAAGCCCAACGAAUUUCGCUCGCCGCUUACAUUAAUCGCGCACUUUAUCCACCGCCGCGUCCGGUCUCUAUCCCGAGUGCAACAAGAACGGCCGCAUCGAACUUGCUGUACAUUCUGCAUGCAUUUAGAGAGUGAGAGAGAGAGAGAGAGAGAGAGUGAGAGAGAGAGAGAGAGAGAGAGAGAGAG